AUGGCGGCCACCGAGUCUCUUAUGGAAGGAGGACAAGCCACUUAUGAAAAGAAUGGCGAGAAAGUCAACUUUGAGCUUCAACCUAAGAACAUCGGGCUUACUAAGGAACAAUUGGAAUCUUAUAGGAACGAUCCGUUUUGGAAACCGGUUAGAACCGUUCUCUUCGCUGUAUUCUGGCUCUCUUGGCUCUUGAUGUUCGCCGCCGCUAUUGCUAUAGUUGUCUUCUCCCCUAAAUGUGCGGAGAAAGAGCAGCCUAUAUGGUAUACAACACAAGUCUCUUAUCAGAUUUCUCUUCCAAGCUUCCGGGAUUCCAAUGGAGAUGGAAUAGGAGACUUCAACGGAGUAACAGAGAAGUUAGAUCUGCUUCGUAAAGUUGGAGUGACAACGAUUCACUUGUCACCUGUAGUUGAGAUUGAUAAGGAUGUUCUAUUCGACGCUUCCGCCAUCAUAGAUGAAAAUAAGGUCGAUGAAAGGUUUGGAACAGAAGAAGAACUCAAGAAUUUGAUUCAAGUAGCACAUGAUAAAGAUAUGCACGUAAUUAUGGAUUUACCCAUUGCUACUGUUUCUAAGAAGCACCCUUGGUUCGCUAACGGGGAAACAGAACAUUUCGUCACAGUAACGCCUGUCAAUAGCUUGUACAACUCGGAAAAGUUUUAUAACUGGGCUGGAAAGAACCAAACAAAAUACUUGGGAUCUCCAGAUGAAGACCAUCCUGUACUUGAUAUGUUCAGUGACAAUGUCCGUACACGAGCAGUGAAAAUAAUUCAAUUAUAUACAAGUAUGGGAAUUGAUGGGAUAAACGUGGGUCAUGUCAGAGACGUUGCCGGUAUCAAGGUGUUUGAACUACCCGACAAGGAGGCUCUGGAGAAGGGUCAAAACGUUAUAAGAACAUUCGCUGGAAUUAUUCGUGAUUCCAAAGAUUCCACACCCGAAAUCAAAGACAAGCAGUUAUUCUUCUUUGCAAGCUUGAACAGUCGACAAAGCGAGAGGCCACCAACAGUUGAGCGCAGUCUGUAUCAUGUAGUUGACGAUAGCUAUACUAAAUUCAAAUCGGCUGACUGCGAGAAGAAGAAUCUAGCUUCUUGUCUUUUUGGUUACGUUAAUUCCUCCUUAUCAAAAGUGGACUCAUACUCCAAGUAUUGGCAGUUUGAAAACUCGGAGAGCAGCCGCCUGGCUGAUCGCUUUGAUCCAGAGUCCGCUGCGCUUAUGACAAUGUUACAACUAUGCAUGCCAGGAGCCAUCUCCUUACACUACGGUCAAGAAUUAGGAAUGCAGAGCUCCAAGGUCUCCAAGCAAAAUAGUGCGAUGAGAUGGAACUCAGAUGUCAACUCAGGAUUUUCGUCCACAGCAGAACUCCCGAAAGGCUUGGACACCUCAAAGAACGGCUCAACUUUCGACAGUCACUAUUCAACUGAAAGCUCUUUGCUCAAGAUUGUACAGAAGCUGGCAAAGUUGAGACAAAGAGAUGAGAUCUUCAGCUUGGGACUCGGUAAAGUGGAAGUAGUCGAUGAUGUCCUGGCACUUGGACGUUCUCAUCAGAACCCCAAUAUUACUAGCCAUACUUAUCUGGGAUUGUUCAAUUUCGGUACCGAAAACGCUGUUGUGAAGUUCAAAGAUUUCGAUGUUGUUUUACCACCGAAAGAAUAUGACGACGGAGAGAUUGUUGUUGCCACCGAGAGAUUAUCAGACUUCCGACCACGACAGAAGAUUGAUUUCUCCUCGUCUCUAACCUUACCUGCCAAACAAGGAAUUCUUGUGAAAUUCUAA